AUGCCUUACAACUUGAGGUCCAAAUUGCCUGUGAAAGAGACCAAUCCUACCAAUCAGGAGACAUGUGCAGUUCCAAAUGUAAAGACCAAGUCAGAGGAGAAUGUUUCCUUACCAGGAAAACCUGCCACCUCAUAUGGCCUGAGGUCCAGGGUGCCUUUGGGAAAUGUAGCAAGCAAACUGAACAAGGCCAAAGGGAUUAAAGCAAAUGCCAAGCCCAUUCCAGCUGCCCCUGAGCAGCCUCUGAGCCAAGAGGCCUCUCGGGACGAGGGGCUCAAUGUGCCACGGGCCUUCUCACAUGCCCUGCUCAACAUCCCAGAUGUGGACUCUGCAGACGCGGGCGACUCCUUGCUGUGCAGUGACUAUGUGAAGGACAUUUACGCUCAUCUAAGGAACCUGGAGGUUGCCAUGGCUAUAAAACCAUGUCAUCUGGAGGGUUGUGAUGUGACUGGGAGCAUGCGGAGUAUUCUAGUUGACUGGCUGGUACAGGUCCAGAAGCAGUUCAGACUGCACCAGGAGACCCUCUACAUGACUGUUGGGAUCAUCGACCGCUUUCUCCAGAACUAUCCAGUGCCAAAGAAGUCUCUGCAACUGGUUGGUGUCACUGCGAUGCUCAUCGCUUCCAAGUACGAGGAAAUCGCUCCUCCCGUGGUGAAGGACUUUGCCCAUAUAACAGACUUCACCUACUCCUGUGCUGAGAUACGCUUGAUGGAAGUUACCAUUCUGAAAGCCUUGAACUAUGAACUGGGACGACCACCACCAGUUCACUUUCUAAGGAGAGCUUCCAAGGUUGGGAAGCUUCAGCCUGUUGGUUAUGGGCUGGCUAAAUACCUGCUGGAGCUGACCCUUCUGGACUAUGCCUCAGUCCACCAUCCACCAUCCCUGACCGCUGCAGCAGCUCUUGCAUUAUCAUCCAGGAUCCUUCAUGAUUCUGCUGGUUAUGAAUGGACCCCAGCCCUACAGCACUACACAGGCUACACAGAGAUCUCUCUGCUACCUGUGAUGCAAUGCAUUGCCAAGAUGCUGGAGCGCUUGAGUGAUGGCAGCAUGAAGCAGUUGUCAAUCAAGCAGAAGUAUGACAAUGUCAAGCUACUCAGGGUCAGCUGUCUCCCAGAGCUGACAUCUACCAGGGCUUACGCCUACAUUAACAAACUUUCCAACUCUCACUGUUGACACGAUUGA